AUGUUUAUCAUGUGUCUUAUUGGUCUACCAAAGUUUAUCUAUUAUGAAAAGAGAAUAUAUCCAGUAAUUAAACAAAUAAUUGAACCAUUAAUAAAACGACAAACACUCAUUGGUAUUCCAUUAUAUGUUUUUAUAAUAUCAUUCUUAAUUGAAAUUUUUCCAUUUUUAAAACAGCACCAAAAACAAGAAAUUAAUAUUAUUGUAGAAAAUAUCACCAUUUCAACAAUGUCAUAUGUGAUAUAUUUAACUGAAAUUAAAAAUGGUCUCAAUCAAUAUCGUAUUACGAGUAUUUUCUCGUGUACAUUAUUUUUCUUUGGUAUUUAUUCAAUAAUAACUAGUCGCUGGUUAAAAUUUAUUCAACAUCGUUUAUCUAGUUUUUUCAUUAUUAUAAAAAAAUAUUUUUGUUAUAUUUUUAUUUCAUUUCAAUUACCAUUAUCAUUCACUAUUAUUUUAUUAUUAAAGAAUCUUUAUCAAUUAUUUCCUGUUGUCAUUCAUAUGGAAAAGCCGACAUUCUUUAUCUUUAUUUAUCAUCAUUUAUUUUGGUUAAUAUUAAUUUUGACAUGUAUAACAUUAACUGUAACCAAAUGGAUGAAACCUAAACAAAAAUUUAAAUUCAAUAAUUUUGGUGAGAUUUAUGUAGAUGAUAUUAGUCGAUUAAAUUCAACUCGAAUCAAUGCCAUAUUUUAUCCGCGAACAAUAAAUGAUUUACAAUAUAUUGUUAAUAAAGCAAAAUAUAAUGGAAAACAUAUCUCAUUAAGAGGUCAAGCACAUACAAUGGGUGGACAAACAUUACCAUCAAAUCAUAAUGAUUAUAUUAUCGAUUUAAAAUAUAUGAAUCGUGUCGAAUAUAAUGUUGAAAAUGAAACAGUUUUAGUAGAAACUGGUGCAACAUGGGCUCAUGUUAUUAAAAAAUUAAAUAAUUAUGGACGUUCGCCAGUUGUUAUGCAAUCAUAUUGUACAUUUAGUGUUGGUGGUACAAUUUCAGUUAAUGCUCAUGGUAUUACAUGUGAUACAGCCAUGUAUGAUAGUAUAUUGAAUAUUGAAUUUAUAGAUGCAAAUGGAGAAUUAAAACAAUGUAAUUUAACAAAAAAUAAAGAAUUAUUUUCUCUAUUAAUUGGUGGUUAUGGUUUAUUUGGAAUUAUGACCAAAGUUACAUUAAAAACGGUUACAAAUAUAAAAACAUCAAUGGAAUACAUAAGACUUGAUGCAGAAAAAUUUCCAACAUAUUAUGAACAAUUUCUUAAUGAUGAAACAAUUGAAAUUAAAAUUGCUCGAGUCGAUAUUGUACAUUCAAAUAAUAUUUUAAUAUUUCUAUUUCGUCGUAAAUUAACAACAUCAGGAACAAUUGCUAAUUUAAAUGAUGAAGCUCGUGUUAUGAAUUCAAGACAACAUUUAAUUUAUACUUGGUUAUCUCAACGUCGACUAUUUAGACGAAUUCGUUUUGCAUUUGAAAAAUUAUUUCAUCGACCAGCGGAUUUAGUGGUAUCCGAUGAUCGUAAUACAAUUAUGUAUGAAUCAGCAAAACCAAUGGCAUUACUCUAUCAACCAUUUGAUAUAAUUGAUGAUACAUUUCUAUUACAAGAAUAUUUUAUUCCAACAAUAAAUUUUAAUCAAUGGUAUAAAAAUAUGCAAAAAAUUAUUCAUAAAAAUUAUGAUCAUUUAUUUUUAUUAAAUUUAACAAUUAGAUUUGUUAAAAAAGAUAAUUUAACAUUUUUAGCUUAUACAAAACAAAAUGAUUGUUUUGCAUUUGUCUUCUAUUUUCGAAUUAAACGAAAUAAAUUUGGUGAUAAACAAGCAUAUUUAAUUCAUCAAGAAUUAAUUAAUUUAGCAUUUGCAUGUAAUGGUACAUUUUAUUUACCCUAUCGUCAACAUUAUACAAAAAAUCAAUUAAAAUAUGCUUAUCCAAUGAUCGAUGAAUUUUUUAUUAAAAAAAAUUAUUAUGAUCCAAUGCAAAUAUUUUCAAAUUUAUGGUAUCAAACAUAUGGACAACAAAAUAUUGAAUUAAUAACAGAACAUGUUAAUAAACAAUAUGAUAAAACAAUAGAUAAUAAUGAAUUAAUAAAAUUAGAAGAUGAAGAGUUUAUUGUAGUUGAACAACGUCGUCAUCAUUCAUUUGAGCAUGUUAUUAUUGAUGAUGUACUUCGUCAUAAAUUUCGUAAAUUUCUUCGUACUGUAUUUAAUGUUGAACCACCACAUCUUCUAUUUAAUUAUGUUAAUCGAGCUGUACGUAAUCCAUCAAAUAAAAAUGAUUAUGAUAUCUAUAAAGAACUUGAAAUUGUUCUCAAUACAAGACAAUUUAUGUUUUUAAGACGUUUGUAUGUAUAUGUGAAACAAAUAAUUCAAUUAAGAAUACAAAUGAAAGAUAUUUUACGUCAACAAUUAACUAUAAUUAAAUAUUUGGGCUAUUAUGGACAAGUUAAUGAUAUUGUUGGUAUCGGUGAUGGUGGUCGUAAUAUUAAAUAUUUACGUUCAUUAUUAAAAAUGAAGGGGCGUACAUAUAUUUUACAUGAUAAACAACGUUUAGGAGAUAUCAUUGAACGAUCGAGUAUAUUUCCCAUUGGUACAUUUAUUCCGUUUGAUAUUAGUUCAUUUGAUGAUGUUCCUAUUCCAAGUGAUUCUAUUGAUAUUGUUAAUUGUUAUAUGGGUCUACAUCAUUUAUCACAAAAUCAAUUAAAAAUAUUUUUAAAUAUUAUUAAACGAAUUUUACGUCCGAAUGGUCUAUUUUUUUUUCGUGAACAUAAUGCCUACAAUGAACUUAUACCCUUAUUAGAUGUGGCUCAUUCUGUUUUUAAUGUUGUCACAAAUGUUGAAUUUGAACAAGAAAAAUGUGAAAUUCGAGCAUUUCGAACAAUCGAACAAUGGCGUUCAUUAUUGAGACAAUCAGGUUUUGAAGAUACAUUUAUAUAUGAUGAACAAGAAGAUGAUCCUACUGAUGACAUUAUGUUAGUAUUUCGAAAACCAAUUAUUUUAAAUCUUGAUCAACAACAAUCACAACAGCAAAAUAUUAAUAAAUCAAUUAUUUCUGAUAUAAAAAUUCAUGUUACACCCGAAUCAAAUUAUUUUCGACCAUGUGAAUGGUUAGUUGUUCGAAUAACAAUAUUAUUUGGAUAUUAUUUAUAUCAUACACCAUUCUAUUAUUUUCCUUUUACAAAAUAUCUUUCAUUAUAUUGGUCAUUAUGCAUUACAGAAACACAAUUGGCUAUUAAUCAAUUUGGUGCAAAUAAAGUCCUUUUAUCCGGUGGUUUUGUAAUGAAUGUUGUUGCUGGUCUAAUUUUGAGUAUAUUCUUUCUACAAUUUUCAUUUUUCGCAUUUCUUAUUCGUUUAUUAGCAGCAAGAGUCGAUCCUGAGUAUGAACAAUUAAUUAUAAAAAUAUCAAAUGAGAAAGAAAAUAAUUUUGACUUUAUAAAUGAAAUUGACGAACGUAUUGAACAAGUGAAGUUGUUAAAUAAAGAUCAUUAUGCACUACGAAUACCUCGACAUCGACCAUUCAGUGAAAUAAUUGAGAAAUUAGCAUUAUACGAUAAAAAUGUUCAAUUUGAUCUACUAUUUAUAUCAAAUGAAAAUGGUUUUAUUCAAAUCGAGUUAAAUAUAAGUAAGUCUAACAGUUUAAAAUGGCUUAGACAACAGGCAAAUAUUAAUGUUAUCUAUGAAUUUAAAUAUCCAAGUGAUAAAGACGAAUUGAAUCAAACACAAAUCAUUAUUCAAUUAAAAAUUGAGCAUUUAUUUCAAUUUAUUAGACAAUGUCAACUUAAUGAUAAAUCAAUAAAAAUUACUCAAGUUUAUGAUUAUUUUGACUAA